AUGUUCAGUGCGCCGCACCAAUCUCAACCUUCGCCUCCGCAUAACUUUGACAAUAUGAAGUCUCCGCUCUUACUCUUCCACGGACAGCCGUCAGCAUCCCCGCUCGUCACAUCCGAUAUGACCGGUCUGGAGAUACAAUACCGCCAGGAGAUGGUCAUCAGCACCAGGCAGGUAGAGCACGUCCCCACACAGCCCGCUUUAACCCCCUCUCUCGCUCAGCCAUACCCUUCCACCUCCACCGCUCUCCACAGUUCCAGUCCCGCAUUCCCCUAUUCGGGCUCUGACCUCCAUCCUCUCGAGCCCCCACAGCCUCCCUUCCCUUCGGACCUCGGACUCCCCCAGCCUCCUCAGCGCGACUUCAACGGUCGGACAGUCUACCCCUACCACCCCAAUCUGGACUACCAAUAUGUGGACCCCCUCGCCACUCAGACUCUCGACGAGUUCCCGUUCCCCUCAGUUGGUACUGCUUCGCUCUCCGCAGAGCAGCAACCACCUCUCGGCUUCUAUCGCCUUCAACAAUCUUUCGAUGUCGAUCGACUCUUGGCAUCAGGCGGUGAUGGCGCGUCGUUCACUCCGGACCCGUACCAUACUUGGCCGCAGUACCGGACCUUCCAAAACACAAGCAUCUCCCCCUCCCAGCCUCUCCAGCUCACCCCCGCUGUAGCUGCGCCGCCAACCAUGACCAAUACCAUCCCUCCUACUCUUCUGCACCUACCUCAGCGUCCAGCCGACCGCCUCGUCCCGAGAGGGUCUGCUCCCAACCCGCCGCUCGCGCAGCAACCCCUCCGCCCAUCGUUGCGUCAAACCCAGAGCUACAACCCGCCCUACCCAUCUCGACCCGACUUUGGUGUGGGGAUAGACCCGCUGCAGACGGUCGGGUACGGGCAAGCCGGUCUGGGGACAGCUGGAGCGGGGGCAGGAGGAUCUUUGGGACGUGCGGCUGCAUCCAGCUUCAAAGAGGACUACUACGUGCCCUACAGCGGCCCCCGUCCAAGCCUAUCCCGCUCCCACACAGCCUCGACCACCGCCCGAUCAUCCACCACCUCCCUCCAGUCCCUGCAGUCUCUCUCCUCCUUCACUUCCCCUACACUGCCACUCGCACCCCUCUCGCCCCGUCGCGCCUCGUACGAGACCGACGUCAGCGUCAGCCCCGAUCUCAGUCCGGACCGCGCGGGUCUCUCCACUGCCCGUCCAUCGACACUGGACAGCCCGCCCAGCGCCGGUACCAGGCGACGGACAUCCACGUCGCCCACGGUUGCGACUGAGUGGGAGCACGUACAGGAUAAGAAGGAGAGGCGAAAGAUGCAGAAUAGGAUGGCGCAGCGCAAGUUUAGGGCAAGGGUGAGGGAGGAGAAGAGGGCUGCUGCUGCCAGUGACGAGAGGGCUAGUGGGACCACAUUGGGUAUGGCUGCGAGGCGGCCCCGCCGCCGACCGCCGAAGAUAUCGGGCCAGGGACUUAUGAACAAUAUCGAUAGUAUCGAUCCGGCGCGGACCGACGACUAG